AUGCCUGUGCGACCCUACACCGGUUUGAAGACUCUUGCAGAAACCACCCUCUCCAUUCUCUUCGAAGACCUCCGCACUCUAUUCCACGUUAACGCCUUCACAGCCCCUGACACAAUGGUAGACCCAGAGAGCGAGAUAAUCGACGCUCAAUCCACGCAAGCCUAUUCAAGGCCGGUGAUAACAAGCGUCACAACAAAGCCACCCGUCGCCAAAGUCCUGGCUCUACCAGAACUCCUAAUUGAGAUCCUGGAUCAUCUCCCCUUCCAAGACCUCUUCUCCAGCUCGAGAACCUGCGGUGGAUUCAAAGACACCAUCAACAACACAAAGACGCUCCGGGAGAAACUACCAUGCGAGACCUUCAAGAUGAUCCUACUCGACGCCUCAAACCGCCCAGUAAUCAAUAGCUGGCUUUUGUGUCCGCUGAUUUCGGCGGGACAAACCCCUUCCUACGACCCUGUCCGCGAUGACGGCGUGGAGGACUACACCACGGCUCUUGACAUCGCGACCAGCUUUGCCGCUGAGGAGUACUUCGCCAACCCAGAGACGUGGCGGCGCGUGUACAUCACCAACCCGCCUUUCAAGCUCGCAAACAUCACGCUGGAGCUGCGUUUAGAACACCCGUCGGGACGGACGCUGAACGCGGCUGCGUCGGUGGUGGUCAGGUCUCGCGACGGCCUCACGCUGGGCCAGCUGGUCGACGAAGUCAUGGCGUCUCGCAUGGUCGAGGUGUUUAGGAGCGACGGCCCCGAAGCGCAGAUGGGUGGGAAGUACUACAAAAUGCUGCGGGGGACGAGUCUCGCCGAGCGGAUUCGGCAGGGCGAGGUGGAUAUGCGGGUGAAGCCGAGGGUUGUGGAGGGACGGUGCUGUGUCUGCUUUCCGAGAGACCCUGAUAGGAAGGCGAAGCCUUCCAGGAUGGAGGAUAGGAGGAUUCCGUUUUGA